AUGGCCAACUCACCUCAGAUCCUCCGCUCCGAGGUUAUCAUGGAGAAGUACGGCAAGAAAGUUGCUGGCAAAACAAUCCUGAUCACAGGAGUCUCUGACGACUCCAUCGGAGGCGAACUCGCCAUGCAACUCUCCGCCGCCAACCCGAAGCUCUUAAUCCUAAGUGCCCGAUCCGAGUCAAAGGUUGCAGGAAUCAGAGCGAAAAUCCACGCCACCGCCCCAGAAGUGCAAAUCCGUUUCCUGAACAUGGACUUGGGCGACUUUGCCUCCAUCCGAAAAGCCGCCGCUGAGCUGGAUGAUGUAUCUCACAUUGACCAUCUACUCUUCAUCGCCGGUGUGAUGUUCCCACCUUACAGCAAGACUAAGGAUGGAUUCGAGAGUCAGUUGGGGAUUAACUAUUUGGCGAACUUCUUGCUUGUUAAGUUGCUUCUGCCAAAGGUUCGUGCUGCGGGGCCGGAGGCAUCGAUUGUUGUCAUGGCUAGCUCUAUGGUUAGACUGGGGAAGGUGGAAUUUGAGGAUUACAAUUACAGUGAUGGUAAAACUUACGAUCCGAGGGCUGCGUAUAGCAGUUCGAAUGCUGCGCGAGUCAUGUUUGUCAAGAGGCUUGGGGAGAAGUUGAAGAGUGAUGGGAUUCGUGUGUUCAGUAUUGAUCCUGGUGCUGUUCAAACUGGUCUGCAGCGACACUGCCCACCUGGAUUUAUUGAUCAAGUCGAGGAGAUGAAAAAGGCUGGACCGAUGAGUGAUUUGGACGGAAAGCCAUACCCUUUCCCACCGUGGACGAGUACCUCCGAAGGAGCGGCUACUGUCAUCACUGGCAUGGUUGAUCCAACUAUUGCAGAAUACUGCGGCUCCUAUCUCAACCAGAACGCAGUUGCAGACCACGAGCUGCACACUCACAUCAAUGACAAGGACAACUGGGCCCGACUCUGGGAGUUGAGCGAGCGCCUAACCGGGGAGAAGUUCUCGUUGUAA